AAGUGUGUUUUUUUAUCAACUGACCAGGUCAUACUGAAUUCCAGAACAAUAAUUGUGGACUAGUAAGGAGCCUGUUACUUUUCUGAACAUUUGAGCUAAGAUGAAGGACAUGCAACUGAAAAUUAAUUUUCUUCUUGGCCUAGUUAUCACUGCACUAGUACAAGCCGUAGGAAAAAAAGCAGACUGCCCAGAGUCAUGUACAUGUGAAAUCAGACCUUGGUUCACCCCCAGGUCUGUGUAUAUGGAGGCACCAACAGUGGACUGUAAUGAUUUAGGUCUUUCUAAUUUUCCAGCCAGAUUGCCUGCCGAUACACAGGUUCUACUUCUACAGACUAAUAAUAUUGCCAAAAUUGAACCGUCAGUAGACUUCCCAGUGAAUUUAACUGGUCUAGAUUUAUCUCAAAACAAUUUAUCUUCAGUGACCAGUAUAAAACUUAGAAAGAUACCACAGCUGCUUUCAGUGUACCUUGAGGAAAACAAACUUACUGAACUCCCUGAAGAAUGUCUCUCCGGACUCCACAAUUUGCAAGAGCUCUACAUUAAUCAUAACCUGCUUUCUGUGAUUGCACCAGGAGCUUUCAGAGGCCUCAAUAAUCUUCUGAGGCUUCAUCUCAAUUCAAAUAGUCUGCAAAUGAUCAACAGUAAGUGGUUUGAAGCUAUUCCUAAUCUUGAGAUUCUCAUGAUUGGAGAAAAUCCAAUAAUCAGAAUCGAAGAUAUGAACUUUAAGCCUCUUAUCAAUCUGCGCAGCCUAGUUUUAGCAGGCAUAAAUCUUACUGAAAUACCUGAUAAUGCUUUGGUUGGCCUUGACAAUUUAGAAAGUAUAUCAUUUUAUGACAACAGAUUUGUUAGAGUGCCCCAUAUUGCUCUUCAGAAGGUUGCAAAUCUUAAAUUUCUGGAUCUAAAUAAAAAUCCCAUUUACAGAAUACGAAGAGGAGAUUUUAGUAAUAUGUUGCACCUAAAAGAGUUAGGAAUUAAUAAUAUGCCUGAACUGAUUUCUAUAGAUAGUCUUGCUGUUGAUAAUUUGCCAGAUUUAAGAAAAAUAGAAGCUACCAAUAACCCCCGAUUAUCAUACAUUCAUCCAAAUGCAUUCUGCAAACUUCCCAAGCUGGAAUCUCUCAUGCUCAACAGCAAUGCACUUAGUGCCCUGUACCGUAGUACAAUUGAGUCCUUACCUAAUCUCAAAGAAAUCAGUAUACACAGCAAUCCCAUUAGAUGCGAUUGCGUCAUUCGUUGGAUUAACAUGAAUAAAACAAAUAUUCGCUUCAUGGAACCAGAGUCACUGUUUUGCGUAGACCCUCCGGAAUUCCAUGGCCAGAAUGUGAGGCAGAUACAUUUCAGGGAAAUGAUGGAAAUCUGUCUCCCUCUGAUAGCUCCUGAAAGUUUUCCAUCUACUCUUGAUAUAAAAUCUGGCAGUCAUGUUUCCUUGCACUGCAGAGCAACAGCAGAACCAGAACCUGAAAUCUACUGGGUAACACCGUUGGGACACAAACUUUUGCCUAAUACUAUUUCUAAUAAAUACUACAUUCAUUCUGAAGGGACAUUAGACAUAAGUGACAUAACACAAAAAGAAAGCGGCUUGUAUACUUGUAUAGCAACAAAUUUAGUAGGGGCAGACUUAAAGUCAAUCAUGAUUAAAGUGGAUGGCUCUUUCCCUCAGGACAACAAUGGAUCUUUGAACAUUAAAAUAAAGGAUAUAAAGUCUAAUUCUGUUUUAGUUUCAUGGAAAGCAAGUUCUAAAAUUCUGAAGUCCAGUGUUAGAUGGACAGCCUUUCUGAAAGCAGAAAACUCUCAGGCUGCACAGAGUGCUCGAAUUCCAUCCGAUAUAAAGGUAUAUAAUCUUACACAUCUAAAUCCAUCAACUGAAUACAAAAUUUGUAUAGAUAUUCCCACUAUCUAUCCACAGAAUAAGAAGCAGUGUGUUAAUGUAACCACAAAAGGACUGGACGUUGCAGUGAAAGACUAUGAAAAGAGCAACGUAAUAGGAUUCCUUGCCUGCCUUGGUGCUCUCCUGGGAAUCACCUCUGUGGUAUAUCUCUACAGCUGCAUCUCACAAGAGAUGAACUACGACAUAGGACAUAGCUAUUUAAAGAAUUACCUGAAGAAACAAUCCUUUUCACUCAAUGAGCUUUAUCCUCCUCUAAUCAGUCUCUGGGACAUGGGCAAAGAAAAAAGCAGAGCUAUGGAAGUAAAGGCAACUGUAAUAGGAGUACCAACCAAUAUGUCAUAAAUAUAUCAGUAUAUAACUUAGUUGCUGAAAUAAAAAGCACAUGACUGCAUUUGUGCUGAACAAAAAGGCCACAAGAAAAUGUAUUUCUUUUAGAAAUUAGAUACCUGGACUUUGCUGCUGCUGAGAAAUCGGAAUCAGCGAAAGAGAAGAAUUUAAACUAACUGGUUUCUAAGGGUAUUCUACCAACCAAAUACAAUUAACUCCACUUCCUAGAACCUUCAUGAGACUUUUAAGUCUGGAAUACAGUGCAAAUAGCCAAGAACAUUUUCUGUAUUUUUCUUUUUUUUAUUAUAUAACAGUAGUGGAACUGAGCAAUACCUCCUCCUGUGCUGUAUUACACACACUAGCCACGAGUUUUUGCAGUGAACAGAUAAAUUAGAAUUGACACAUGGUGUAAUGAAAUGGACAAAUUCUGUAGAGUAGACAGUGAGUAUGUGGAAUUUUUU